CCAUUAGAAUAUAAACCGAAGCAUUCGAUAAAAAGUUGGUAUUUUUGUGAUUCAUAGUGUAAAUGUGUUUGCGUCAACUUGAUUUACAAGGAGCUAAACAUAAACUGUUACCCUUAACCCUACCGGCCAGUAUUUGUAUAAGCUCAACGAAGGCAAAUAAUUUUGAAUUGAAUAUUUCAUAUGUUGAAAUUUGUGUUGCCCGUGCAUCGGUGCGCAAUUGCACUCUUGCCGAAAGGGCCAGCUUUUCGCAGUUCAACACAACAGUAUCAACCUCGAACCGUGCAGCGCCUGCGAUUUCUUUCAACGGACAAUGGUAAUAACAAUCAAAAUCGGGGAGAUGACCUUCCGAUGUCGGUCGUGUCCCUCAGCAGUAAAUCCAGCAUAAUUGAUAGCACAGCCAUUUGGAAGAAGGACGAACUGCUGAGUCGAAUCAAUGAACUGAUCAGCUGCAAAUGGGAAGAUUUGCUGCACAUAUACAAAGCUAACCGCCGAACGUUGCGGGCGUUACCACCCAAGAUGAUUACCGAUAACAUUCAGCUGUUGUUGAGUCGUGGUAUUCCGGAUCGUUUCAUAGUUGAGUACCCGAAAAUACUAUCCGUUCGUACUGAUGAACUUACAGUAAAAUUAGAUUUACUCAGUCAAUUCAAAGGUCUUAAGGAUAUUAAUCACUUGGUCCCGUUGUUAAAGAUUAAACAGAACGUUUUGAAACAGGUGGUCCAGAUUUCGUUAGAUGAGGACGUAGAGCACGGAAAUCGAUUAUACUUGCUACAGGCCAAAACCGGAUUAGACAUAGAUAUUAUCUCCCGUUAUCUGUCCUCCAACAUUCGAGUGUACAAAUUGUCGCUGAGCAAAUUUCUAACUAACCUAGACUAUUGUUUGGAGCACAUGGAACCGAUGGAUGUAAUCCGCCAUCUGUCGAUUCUUGCCCAUGCCACGGCUUCCAUCGCUGAACGACUGCAAAUGCUGAAGUCUUUUCCGCUGCAAAAAGUAAAGCCAUGGAUGAUUCGUACUCCGAAGGCGGCACUGGAGAAGACAUUUGACGAGGUGCUAUCGAAAGGCAUUGAGCCCUUGUUUGAAAAUUCCUUGUCAGAGACUUUUUUCGAAAAUCAUGUUAAAACUAAAGUUAUAGCGUUGUUAAACUGCAGCAAUAGAGAGGCAAAGAAAAUUUUCGAUGUUUGUAAAGGAACCGUUUCUUUGUUGGACAAUAUCGAAGCAUUGCUGGAGAAUGGCGUUCAUAAGAAGGCUAUCCUCAAGGACCUUGCAAUGUUAACUGCAAAACACGAGGAAUUAAUUUCCAAACUUAACUCGCUCGCCCGUCUCAAAACGGUUAGAGAUUUGAAUGACGUUAUACCGUUGUGUGUGUUGAAGCCUCUACAAGUUUUAAAAAUUGUUCAUAAAAUGAACAGUGAACUAUUUCCAAACAAUGGCAAUCGCAUCUACCAUUUCGCGGAUCACACUGGCAUACCGGCGGCAGACGUUGCCCGUCAGUUCGCUCGUCGUACUUUUAUGUUCAACAUACCGAAAGAUGGUUUUAUAGAAAACCUGGAACAAUUCACAGCGAACAUGAAUAGUGAGGACGUGCUGGCCGAUCUAUGGGCAUUCAAAUAUUCACCAGCAAUCGUAGCGGAACGGAUUGCCCGCGCAAAGGCAGUUCGAGGUAAAAAGCUAAUGCCUUGGAUGGUUCGCUGUCCGGACAUAAUCCUAGAAAAAUCGCUAGAGCUAACCAAACAAAAUCGUGCAUUGCUCGGUGACCACGGAACGAUUUUGGAAUACUUGCAAAAACGAUUAGGACUCGAUGAGGAAGUAGCAAACUCUAUAAUCAUAAAAGUGCCCUCGGUGCAAAACGUGCGCAUGACCAAAAUCAAAAGCGUCAUUGACUAUUUGUUAAACGAGCUAAACUAUUCUCCAUAUGACAUCGCUUUGAAUCCGCGCAUUUUGAUGCACAGUCUCGAGACCACAAAAAGGAGAAUGGAGCAACUUCGUCAGCUCGGUUGCCGGCCACGAUCGCUAGUUAUUGUGUGUAAGAGCCAACGACAGUACAACCAGUUCAUGGACGACUGGAUAGCAACGAAAGCGAAACAGCAGCCAAGUUUUGGAGCAAGCUGAAAAG